UAAAUGGCUAAUAUAUAUUACGUUCUUAAUCUUCCCUUACUUCAACUUAUAACAAAGAGAGAACUAAUUUGAUAUCUUUCAAUCAUGCUGAAAUUGAAGUCUGUAGAUUCGUCAUCUCAAAAUUAUAGCUAUGAUGUAUUUUUAAGUUUCAGAGGUGAAGAUACCCGCAAGAGUUUUACAGAUCAUCUCUAUAAAGCUUUGCAAGAUGAAGGACUAAUUACUUUUAGAGAUGACGAGGAGAUUGAGAGGGGAGAGAGUAUUAAAUCUGAAUUGGAAAAUGGUAUCCAACAGUCAAGGAGUUGGAUAGUUGUAUUCUCUGAGAACUAUGCCUUUUCCAGUUGGUGCCUUGACGAACUUGUGAUGAUUCUCAAAUGCAGGAACGAAUCGAAACGUCUUCUGUUACCUAUCUUCUACCAUGUGGAUCCAUCCGAUAUUCGCAAACAAUCUGGUUGUCUCUGUGAAGCAUUCUCUAGGCAUGAAGAGAAAUUUAAGAGGGAAGUGAAUGAUACUAAGAGAAAAGAUUUGAUGGAAAAAAUUAAGCAAUGGAGGACUGCUCUUACUGAGCUUGCAAAUCUGGGAGGCAUGCAUCUGCAAAACUUAACCAAUGGGUACGAAUCAGAGUUUAUCUUGAAAAUUGUUAGCGUCAUCAAAGAUAAAGUGACUCGUAAUAACAUAUUAAGUAUCACUCCGCAUCUUGUUGGAAUUAAUGAUUCAUUACAUGCCAUUAAUUUAUGGUUAAGAGAUGGUUCUGCUAAUUUGGAAGUGUUUGCAUUGUAUGGUAUUGGUGGAGUGGGAAAGACAACUAUUGCAAAAUAUGUUUAUAACACGAGCUUUCAACUAUUUGAAGGUGGUAGUUUUUUAGAAAAUAUAAGGGAAUAUUCUGAACGGCCAGAUGGUUUACUGUGUUUACAAAGACAACUUCUUUCAGAUAUUUCCAAGGGAAAGACACCAGCUGUCAACAAUCUUAAUGAUGGCAUUCAUAAGAUACGAAGAGCCCUUCAUGGUAGGAAACUUCUGAUAGUUUUGGAUGAUGUGGAUCAAAGUGAACAGUUAGAUGCAAUCUUUGGGAUGCGAGAGUGGUUUUACCAUGGAAGCAAAAUUAUGCUAACGACACGGAAUGUGCAUUUGCUGAAUGCUCAUAAACAUUGCAAGAGAUAUGCUGUCGAUACAAUGAAUGUUAGUAAUUCAUUGGAGUUGUUUAGUUGGCAUGCAUUUCGAGACAGUCACCCCCCAGAAUGUUACAUAGAGCAGUCAGAGAAGAUACUAAAGCAAUGCCAAGGUCUUCCUUUAGCUCUUGAGGUUCUAGGUGCUUCUCUGCAUGGCAAGAUGAGAGCUGUCUGGACGAGUGCGAUACAGAAAUUGGAAACUUUUACUCACUCUAAACUCCAGAAGAUAUUAAAAAUAAGCUAUGAAUCUUUGCCAGAUGAUCAUGAUAGAGAAUUAUUUCUUGAGCUUGCGUGUUUCUUCAAUGGAGAGGCCAAAUCUUCUGUGGUCGUGAUAUUGGAUGCAUGUAAAUACUAUACAACAAUUGGUGUUGAUAAUCUUGUUGAUAGAUGUCUGUUGAAAAUUGAUACAUAUGGAAAGCUGAGAAUGCAUCAGUUGAUAGAAAGCAUGGGUAGAGAAAUUGUCCGUCAGCAAUCACCAAAGGAUCCAGGGGAAUGGAGUAGACUGUGGCACUAUAGGGACUCCGUUGAAAUAUUAGAAGAUGAAACAGGUACUAGAGCAAUAGAAGGUCUGGCACUAGACAUGGAUAUGACAAAUGCAUAUCAGACCGAGUUGAGUACAAAAGCUUUCUCGAUGAUGCACAAGCUAAGACUACUUAAGCUGAACAAAGUACAGCUACGUGGAGGUUACAGGGACUUCCCUAAAAAGUUGAAAUGGUUAUGUUGGCAUGGAUAUACUCAAAGAUCUUUACCAGAUGACUUCCCUUUGAGUAGCUUAGUUGCUAUUGACAUGCAAAAUAGUAAAUUGCAAAAACUGGUGCAGGGAAAUAUGUGUCUUGGAUCACUAAAGAUUCUAAAUCUUAGCCACUGCCAUUGCGUUGUGGAAUCGCCAAAUUUUUCCCAACUUCGUGUUCUUGAGCAAUUGAUCCUUGAAGGUUGUGCAAGCCUAGUCGAGAUUAAUGAAUCUAUUCAAAUGGCUGAAGGACUCCUGAUCAUGAAUCUAAAGGACUGCAUAAAUUUAAGGAAGCUUUCAAAAAAUUUGGGAAUGCUAAAGUUACUGGAAACACUAAUCAUCUCAGGUUGUUCAAAUCUUAGUACGCUUCCUGCAGCGAUGAAAGAGAUGGAAUCUUUGAAGGUUUUCCAGGCUGAUGGACUUGAUUUUGGUAAUUCAAGCUUUGUAAUUGAGGAAUAUGUAUCAUGGCCGAUAUAUUUUUGGGGUUGGGUAUCCAAACGGAAUCUAGGUUCCCAACUUCUGUUGAGUUCUUUACCGUUCAAGUCUAUUAGAAGAUUGAGUUUGGUGAAUUGCAAUCUACAUGAUAAUGCUUUUCCGAAGGAUUUCAUUGCUGCACCCUCACUCAAGUACUUAGACUUGAGUAACAACCCAAUCCGUUUCCUACCAGAAUGCUUCGAAGGUGUAAAAAUGCUCAAGAGGCUUACAUUAAGAUAUUGCAACCAGCUUCAAGCACUUGAAAAUUUACCGAACAUAGAUAGCUUGCAUGUCACAGAUUGCCCGUUAUUGGAGAAAAUUAGAUGCAAAGAAGGCGCAUCUUUGAUAAGUGUUGCUUCUCCAUGGAGAUGCAAGAAACUACUUGAGAUGGAAAAGAGUUUCAAGGUUGUACCAUUAGAAAAAAUGGAUUCAGAAAUGAUCAAAAAUUGUGGUAUUGAUGAUGUGGAAUCCAAGAAAAGAAUCCAGAUAAGAUUAUACAAUAAAUCCACAUUUACGGAAACAAGUUGCCCGAUACAGGGAGUAUAUGAAAAUCAUUGCAGGGGGGGAACAUUCAGCAUUUUUUACCCAGGGAGUAGUGUUCCCAUAUUGUUCACUAAUAAACAUAACAUGGCUUCAAAAUCCUUUGUCGUAUCAUCACAUUCUAAACUUAGAUACCUAAACACUCGUGUUUGGUACAAAUUUGUCCCAGGCUCAAUAAGAAGUUUGUUCAUCGUAAUCACUAACAAGACAAAGAAAAGAAUGAUCAUAUAUUCUCCAAGGUGUCAUGGAGUUCCUGAUGGCGAUGAAUACAUGACAUGGUUAAGCCAUUGGAAAUUCGGUAGUCACGAAAUGGGACCUGGAGAUGAGGUCAAUAUUUUUGUAUACGAUUGGCAUUAUAAUACUAGUUUUGAGGUGGAGGUUGGAGUCCAUCUUGUAUAUGAAGAGCAAGAACAGGCAGGUGAUCACUCAGCCAAGUUACCCAACAUUGAACAAACCUGUGUCAUUCUGCAGAAUAUAAAGCCAUGGGGACAUCGUGGAACUACACAGCUAUACUUCCUUGGACAUGGUGGAGUCAGAGGAGAUGUAUUGCUGGAGUCUAUUUUUCGCAGGAUCUGUUCUGGAUGUGGGAGGAGAAUAUGUACCAGAUGUGGGAGGAGACCGGUGAGACGGGCCAUUCAGUCUUACUAGUGAAUUUGAAUAAUUCUCUAUUGCACCCAAUAAUUGGACGUUCUGCUGUGGAACACCUUAUAAAGAUGAAAUAAUGUUUUCACCUCCAAAAAUUUGGAUGCAAAUUGUGCUGACUUGAAUAUAUCUCCUACAAGCUACAGGUUAUGGGAUCAGAGAAACCUCCUUAAAAGUUUCAAAGAAUUGAGUAGACAGUUGUCUGAUGUAAUGCGUGAGAUAUAUUGUCACCUGGAACGCAAUGUUUACAAGUUAUUUUCAAGUUAUAACAGGAACAUAUAAUUUGACAAUGGUAAAGGAGUCACCACUAGUGGUGUGUUGCCUUUUCUUUUUGGAUAUACAUAUAUUUUCAUUUGCUUAUAAAUACUGGAUAUACGCUCUAAACUAUUUCGGUUUUAGACGGCCUUACAGCAUACUCAAUGGAGUUUAAUCUCUUC